AUGUCAUUCGAAUAUCAAGUUGUAUUACUUGCAAUUGAUACUCUCAAUGCAAAGUUAAGUCCAAUCGAUGAAAACCUACCACACUCUAUGUUACCUGUGGCCAACAGACCAUUAUUAUCAUAUCAAUUAGAGCUAUUAGAAAGAGCCGGAUUCAAAUCUGUAUUGAUUGUCAUUCAGGAGUUUCAACAAACAAAGAUUACACCAUACGUAACACAAAUAUAUAAGGAAACAGGAAAGAUAGAAGUAGAAUUCUUUGUUUUGAAAGAUCAGAAUCAAAUCGGAACAUGUGAAAUACUUUAUAGAAUAAGAGAAAAGAUUAGAACAAACUUUAUUGUUAUGAAUGGUAAUUUGAUUGCAGAUGAAGGAUUCAUUAGACAGAUGGCCGAUUUACACAGAAGUAGCGAUUCUUCACUCACUAUUCUCUUGAACAAGGCAGAGAUCAAUCCAAAAGAGAAACUCGAUGCAUCGUUCAUCGAUUAUAUCGGUCUCGAUGAGAAUAACAAUCGUGUUCUUCUAAUGGAAUCUGCAACUGAAAUCGAAGAGAAAGUAUUAGUAUCAAAAAAUUUAUUGAAAUAUUUCCCAAAUAUAACAUUAAAUGUAAACCUUAAAGAUACACAAUUCUAUAUAUUUUCGAGAUGGGUUAUCGAUUUGAUCGUCGAGGAUCAAAAGAACAACAAGAAUAACCCGAUGACCAGUAUCAAGAAACAACUGAUACCCUACUUGCUGAGCUGUCAGAUUCCAGGUCAUGGAAGAAACCUGCCGGCAUCUGCUAUCAACCACAACCAAGACUUGGCACUUUCCAUGUCGACCUCCUCCACACCAUUCAACCCAUCGUACCACAUCAACCAACAGACACAAGGCACCAUCAAAUGCAUGAACUACUUGAUGAACGGAUACUGCAUCAAUAUCAAUAACCUACAAACCUUUACACAAGCCAAUCGUGAUAUUGCAUCUGGUAAAUCUAGUACUUAUAAACCAUUGGAAGCACCAUUCAAGAACAACUACAUCGAUACAAAGGCACAGGUUGCACCGACCUCGAUCGGUAUCAACUGUGUCAUCGGUACCGAGACUAUCUUGGGUCAAAAGAGUAGCGUCAAGAACUCUAUCAUCGGUAAACACUGCAAGUUUGGUACAAACGUUAGAAUCGAUAGCUCUAUUAUCAUGGAUUACGUAACCGUUGAAGAUCAAUGUAAUAUAAGUGGUUCUAUCAUUGGAAACAAUGUUUACAUUAAGACUAAAUUUGUUAAAGACAGUCAAGUUUCAAGUGGAUUCACUGUCACCAAAGAUCUUAAAGGUAAACAAGUUGGAAAUUCUUCUCUUUAA